GCCUUGGCAACCGAGCCCGCCCGUAACGGCCGCGGAGGGCGUGCAGCGAAGAUAUCGCCGCAGCGCAUGCGCAGUGCGCCCGCUGACCUCACCGCCGCCGAGCUGUGGGGGCUUCCACCACCUACCAUAGAGACCCGCGGGAGGCGCGUCCUCUCUAGCCUUCGCCCCACUCUCUAUGAAUGGACUGCUGAAUUGGGAAUUAUUGCAGACUCAACAGUACAGCACAGCUCGUUGUUUCGUCUAUUACUAGUUAUUUAAAUUGGACUUUUAAUAUCCUGCCAGCUGCUGUUCACACACACAUGGUGCAUUGUUGCCAUUCUCCGAAUUGCAUCUUUGAAAACCAGACCCUCAGUAACCUUCAUCGAACAAAGAGGCGACCUCCUGCGUACAUUCUUAGAGGGAUUUUUCAAACCUGCUGCCCUCUAGCUUUCUUGCUGGUGCUGUAUUCGUGAGACACCAUGGAGACCACUAUGGAGUACUGCUUAGCACAGGUGCUGCAGAAAGAUGUUGGAAAGAGACUUCAGGUUGGCCAGGAAUUGAUAGAUUACUUCUCAGAUAAACAGAAGUCAGCUGAUCUUGAACAUGAUCAGACUAUGCUGGAUAAAAUGGUUGAUGGACUGGCCACUUCUUGGGUCAAUUCCAGCAAUUACAAGGUGGUUCUCCUCGGGAUUGACAUUAUUUCUGCAUUAGUAUCCCGCUUGCAAGAUCGCUUCAAGGCCCAAAUUGGCACAGUGCUGCCAAGUUUACUUGAUAGGCUGGGAGACUCUAAAGACUCUGUGAGGGAGCAGGAUCAGACCUUGCUGCUGAAAAUCAUGGAACAAGCUGCUAACCCUCAGUACGUGUGGGACAGGAUGCUAGGAGGAUUCAAACACAAGAAUUUCCGGACAAGAGAAGGGAUUUGCCUCUGCCUUAUUGCAACACUCAAUGCAUCUGGAGCUCAGAGUUUAACACUGAGUAAGAUAGUGCCACAUAUAUGUAACUUACUUGGAGAUCCAAACAGCCAGGUUCGAGAUGCAGCAAUAAACAGCCUUGUGGAAAUUUACAGACAUGUUGGUGAACGUGUAAGGGCUGAUCUCAGUAAAAAAGGAUUACCCCAGUCUCGGUUGAAUGUAAUUUUUACAAAAUUCGAUGAGGUCCAAAAAUCUGGAAACAUGAUCCAGAGUUCAAGUGAUAAAAUUUUUGAUGAUGAAGACUCCGUGGAUGGGAACAGACCUUCCUCAGCUAGCUCCUCUACAUCUUCAAAGGCCCCUGCAAACUCACGCAGAGUUGGGAUGGGGACUACCCGCAGACUUGGGUCUGCAGCUCUGGGCUCAAAGUCCUCAACAGCCAAAGAGGGAGCAGGUGCUGUGGAUGAAGAAGACUUUAUUAAAGCAUUCGAAGAUGUCCCAACGGUUCAGAUUUAUUCCAGCCGUGAUCUUGAGGAAUCCAUAAACAAAAUAAGAGAGAUACUAUCAGAUGAUAAGCAUGACUGGGAACAGAGAGUUUCUGCAUUGAAAAAGAUCCGCUCCUUACUUUUGGCUGGAGCUGCAGAAUAUGAUAACUUCUUCCAACACUUAAGACUUCUGGAUGGAGCAUUUAAAUUAUCUGCUAAAGACCUGCGGUCUCAAGUAGUACGAGAGGCUUGUAUCACGUUGGGACAUUUAUCAUCAGUUCUGGGAAACAAGUUUGACCAUGGGGCAGAAGCCAUCAUGCCAACAAUUUUUAAUCUAAUUCCGAAUAGUGCCAAAGUCAUGGCCACUUCUGGUGUUGUGGCAGUUAGAUUAAUCAUUCGACAUACACACAUCCCUCGAUUAAUACCCAUCAUAACCAGUAAUUGUACCUCCAAGUCUGUUGCAGUUAGAAGGCGCUGUUUUGAAUUUUUAGAUUUAUUGUUGCAGGAGUGGCAAACACACUCCCUAGAAAGACACAUAUCAGUGUUAGCUGAAACAAUAAAGAAGGGAAUUCAUGAUGCAGACUCUGAAGCCAGGAUAGAGGCAAGAAAGUGUUAUUGGGGUUUCCACAGUCACUUCAGCCGAGAGGCAGAGCAUUUGUACCACACCUUGGAGUCUUCCUACCAGAAGGCUCUGCAAUCACAUUUGAAGAACUCUGACAGCAUCGUGUCCUUGCCACAGUCAGAUCGCUCUUCCUCCAGCUCCCAGGAGAGUCUCAACCGUCCUUUUUCUGCCAAAAGAAGUCCUACUGGAAGUACUACAUCCAGAGCAUCUACAGUAAGUACAAAAUCUGUGUCAACACCAGGAUCUCUGCAACGAUCCCGCAGUGACGUCGAUGUGAAUGCAGCAGCUAGUGCCAAGUCAAAAGUGACGUCUUCUGGAUCAUCCACCCCCUUCAGUUCUGCUGCAGCCUUGCCCCCAGGCUCAUACGCAUCACUAGAUGGUACUACCACUAAAACUGAGGGAUUUUCUAUUUUUUGGAAGACUGAAGAUCAGGGAGAGUUACAACAACAUGGCACACCACAGCUAGAGCAUGUGAAGGAUGAGUUUAAUCACUGUCGGAUUCGUACAAGGAGACAGAGCUCUGGCAGUGCCACAAGCGUCACCUCAAUGCCUGCUGAUACCCGAGGCCGCAGCCGGGCUAAAGUAGUUUCCCAGUCCCAGCGAUCCAGAUCAGCUAAUCCUGCUGGUGCUGGUAGCCGGUCCAGUUCCCCGGGUAAGCUCUUAGGAAGCGCCUAUGGUGGCCUGAGUGGUGGAACAUCCAGAGUCCAGCCGGUGCCAUCAUCUUCAGAGAAGCGCAGCAAGAUCCCUCGGAGCCAGGGAUGCAGUCGAGAGACGAGUCCCAGCAGAAUAGGACUAGCACGGAGCAGUCGUAUCCCCCGACCCAGCAUGAGUCAGGGGUGCAGUCGUGAUACCAGCCGUGAGAGCAGUCGAGAUACAAGCCCUGCUCGGGGCUUUCCUCCACUUGCUUCUCGACGUCAUUCCAGGUCCACUAGUGCUCUCUCCACUGCUGAUUCUGUUGGGCAGUCAGACCGGUUUGGACUCGGACAACCAGGCAGGAUGCCUGCUUCUGUGAAUGCCAUGCGAGUCCUGAGCACAAGCACAGAUCUGGAGGCUGCUGUGGCCGAUGCACUGCUGUUAGGAGACUCCAGGAGCAAGAAAAAACCAGUGAGAAGAAGAUAUGAACCCUACGGGAUGUACUCCGAUGAUGAUGCUAACAGUGAUGCAUCAAGCGCUUGCUCAGAGCGCUCGUAUGGUUCCAGGAAUGGGGGCAUUCCACACUACCUGCGGCAGACUGAAGAUGUGGCUGAGGUUCUGAACCACUGUGCCAGCUCCAACUGGUCUGAAAGGAAAGAGGGGCUCAUAGGUCUUCAGAACUUACUGAAAAGUCAGCGGACACUGAGCCGAGUCGAGUUGAAAAGGCUAUGUGAAAUAUUUACUCGCAUGUUUGCUGACCCUCACAGCAAGGUCUUUAGCAUGUUUCUGGAAACCCUGGUUGAUUUCAUCAUCAUUCAUAAAGAUGACUUGCAGGAUUGGCUUUUUGUUCUCCUGACACAGUUGCUAAAGAAAAUGGGAGCAGAUUUGCUGGGGUCUGUGCAGGCGAAAGUUCAAAAAGCUCUGGAUGUCACCAGGGAUUCUUUUCCAUUCGAUCAACAAUUUAACAUUUUGAUGAGGUUUAUUGUAGAUCAGACCCAAACACCAAACCUGAAGGUGAAAGUUGCUAUCCUGAAGUAUAUUGAGUCCUUGGCAAGACAGAUGGAUCCAACAGACUUUGUGAACUCUAGUGAGACAAGACUUGCUGUAUCUAGAAUUAUAACUUGGACAACAGAACCAAAGAGCUCAGACGUGAGAAAGACCAUGCAUAGUUGGGUGGGUGAGGAUUUGCCAGCUAGGACAACUACAGCUUCCUCAGGGCCCGGUGAAGGAAACUUGGAAGAGAAAUGCAAACAGGCAGCACAGAUAGUCCUGAUUUCUCUCUUUGAACUGAACACUCCUGAGUUUACCAUGUUACUUGGUGCCUUGCCAAAAACAUUCCAGGAUGGUGCUACCAAGCUCCUGCACAACCACCUCAAGAACUCGAGUAACACCAGUGUGGGUUCCCCCAGCAAUACCCUUGGUCGGACCCCUUCCCGGCACUCCAGCAGCAGAACCAGCCCCUUAACUUCACCUACCAACUGUUCCCACGGUGGGCUGUCUCCAAGUCGGUUCUGGGGUUGGAGUGCAGAUGGGCUGUCGAAGCACCCCCCUCCCCUUUCUCAGCCUAACUCCAUCCCCACUGCUCCUUCCCACAAGACUUUCAGACGCUCUUACUCUCCCAGUAUGCUGGAUUAUGACACGGAGAACCUAAAUUCUGAUGAAAUCUACAGCUCUCUUCGUGGGGUCACAGAAGCAAUAGAAAAAUUUAGUUUCCGUAGUCAAGAGGACCUGAAUGAGCCAAUCAAACGUGAUGGAAAGAAAGACUGUGACAUUGUGUCUCGAGAUGGUGGCCUUGCUGUGCCUACCAGUGAUGUCCGUGGAAGCAGUGACAUUGUGGAAGGUGGAAGGAUGGCUCUAGAUAACAAAACUUCCCUACUUAACACCCAGCCUCCCCGCGCCUUUUCAGGGCCACGUGCUCGAGAAUAUAACCCCUAUCCUUAUGCUGACACAAUUAACACCUAUGAUAAGACUGCCCUGAAGGAAGCAGUGUUCGAUGAUGACAUGGAUCAGCUUCGGGAUGAAGUGCCCAUUGACCAUUCAGAUUUGGUGGCUGAUCUUCUGAAAGAGCUCUCCAACCACAACGAACGAGUGGAGGAGCGGAAAGGAGCUCUCCUGGAACUGCUAAAGAUCACAAGGGAAGAUAAUCUUGGAGUUUGGGAGGAACAUUUCAAAACCAUUCUGCUCUUGCUGCUGGAAACUCUGGGAGACAAAGAUCAUUCAAUAAGAGCCCUGGCACUGCGAGUCCUAAGAGAGAUCUUACGGAACCAGCCAGCAAGGUUUAAGAACUAUGCGGAGUUGACUAUCAUGAAAACACUGGAAGCACAUAAAGAUUCCCACAAGGAGGUUGUCAGAGCUGCUGAAGAAGCUGCUUCCACACUGGCAAGUUCCAUCCACCCUGAGCAAUGCAUCAAGGUGCUUUGCCCCAUCAUUCAGACUGCAGAUUAUCCAAUUAAUUUAGCUGCCAUCAAAAUGCAGACAAAAGUAAUUGAAAGGAUUUCAAAGGAAUCGUUGCAUCAGCUCCUUCCUGAUAUCAUUCCUGGGUUAUUACAGGGUUAUGAUAAUACGGAGAGCAGUGUCCGUAAAGCUAGUGUAUUUUGCCUAGUGGCAAUUUAUUCAGUAAUCGGAGAAGAACUGAAACCUCAUCUCGCACAACUCACAGGAAGCAAGAUGAAGCUACUAAACUUGUACAUAAAGAGGGCCCAGACCACCAACAGCAACAGCAGUUCCUCUUCAGAUGUUUCAACGCACAGUUAAUGGAGAUAUGUGGACAUAUGUGUAGAUUUAGAAGCAAUCAACGGUGCCUCUCAGAGACCUUUCUGCUACUCUUCACUGGCAUGCUCCAUCAGCUCAAGGAGGCCAUGCAGAUAUUUAUUGCAAUCAGUAUUUUAGUUCCUUAAAAGCUUUUAUGUAGAAUCUUACUGGUAUUGAAUGUAAAGGAAGCAAGGUCUGUGUUGCAGUCUUCAUUAAAAGUGAACAACAGAAAGCCAUACUUAAACAUA